GCCUAUUCCUUUAUCCAUACUAUUAUCUGAUCGUCUUAUGCAGCCUAAUGUGUGGGAUCUUAUUAAGAAUGUUACUUAAGAUCUCUUUUCUGAAUACAGAACCAAGAUGCAAAUUUCCCAGUCCUUCUCCAGUCUCCGAUCAUGGAACGAAUCACCGAGGGUCACACUGCCCGGUUACAGUGCACCAUGAGGAACGUCGCAGUGACACACAUCGAUGUUCACUGGUCCCGGGAGCGACCAGGAAGAAGGAGCGAGUGGAUUUUGGUGCAUUACUCGUGGAAUUAUGUACAACGGUACCUAGCUUAUUACACAUGGAAUCACAAGCAGUGGUACUCAGGUUUGAAAACGCGAUUCCAGUCUUCUAGAAACUCCUCCAGGAACAACUUCAUUCUGACCAUCACAAACGUGCAGCCCAGUGACACUGGGGUCUAUUACUGCUCAAUCUGGGGAAGGAUCAGUGGUGGAGGGAGCCGGCUCAUUGUAGACAGUACAUCUGGUCUGGCCCUUCUCCAGUCUCCAAUCCUUAAAUGUGUCACUGAGGGUCACACUGCCCAGUUGCAGUGCACAAUGAGGAAUGCCACAGUGACACACACCGAUGUUCACUGGUACAGACAAGAACCAGACAGUCAUAUGAAACUGCUUUUAACACAUGAAAGAAAUGGUUACAUCCAAUGGAUCUCAGGUUUCAUUGAUCGAAUCCAGCCUUCCAGAAAUUCCUCUAGUAACAGCUUCAUUCUGACCAUCACAAACGUGCAGUCCAGUGAUACUGGGGUUUAUUACUGCUCAGCCUGGGGAAAUGUCCCUGGUGGAGGAAGCCACCUCAUUGUAAACAGUAUCACUGGCCUGGCCCUUCUCCAAUCUCCGAGGCUGGAACAUGCCACCGAAGGUCAAACUGCCCAGUUACAGUGCACCAUGAGGAAUGCUGCAGUGAUACAUAUCGAUGUCCAUUGGUACUGGCUGUCUCUGAACCAAAUUAUGAAGCAGAUUUUAACACAUCCGAGAAGUGGCUCCACACAAUGGAGCCCAGGAUUCACUGAGCGAUUCCAGCCUUCCAGAGAUUCUUCCCAUAACAGCUUCAUUCUGACAAUCACAAAUGUACAGCCCAGUGACACUGGGGUCUAUUACUGCUCAGUGCAGGGACGGAUCUAUGGGAGAGGAAUCCUGCUAAAUAUCACCAGUGAAAAUGUCCCAGUCCUUCUCCAGUCUCCGAGCCUAGAACGUGCCACUGAGGGUCACAGUGCUCAGCUACAGUGCACCAUGAGGAAGGCUGCAGUGACACACACUGAUGUUCACUGGCAUCGGGAGCAACCAGGAAAUAGCAUGGAGUGGAUUUUAACAGAUGACGUAAGGAACAUCACACAAUGGAGCCCAGGAUUCAUUGAGCGAUUCCAGUCUUCCAGAGACCCUUCCAAUAACAGCUUCAUAUUGACCAUCACAAACGUGCAGCCCAGUGACACUGGGGUCUAUUAUUGUAAUGUGUGGGGAGAUAUCAGUGGGAAUGGAUCCCAGCUGACUGUAAUGGAUCCAUUGGCUGAUCCAGUCCUCAUUCAGUAUCCAGUGGCCAGCAAGGUACCAGAGGGUGAAACUGUCGAGUUCCAGUGUGCCAUGUACAAUGCCAGUGUGAAUGACACUGAUGUCCACUGGCACUACCAGCGACCUGGCAGCAACAGAGAGUGGGUGAUAAGCCAGUUUGUGAAUGGCACCCUCGCCAAGGCCCAGAGUUUCCACGAUCGUGUUCACGUUUCCAGGAAUGUCAGCAGGAACAGUUACAUUCUGAGACUUGUGAAUGUGACUGUCAAUGAUACUGCUGUGUUCCGUUGCAGUGUGUGGAGCUACGUCGAUGGAACAGGGAGCCAGCUUGAUGUAACUGAAGACUCUUCUUAUGGUAGUCCCCGGACUUCAAAGCACAGUUUAUUCAUUGGCACCAUUCUGGGCUUCGCUAUUAUGAUCUGCAUUGUCCUGCUCACAUUUCUCCUUCAGAAAAAAAAGCUGUGCUCAUCAGUAAAGGACUCCACAUAAGGUUCUCUUUCUCAGUUUACUCUCGGUCUUAACCAGCUGAAAGUGCAGUGAGUUUCUUGACGAAAUCUCUCCAUUCCACAGACAGGAUCAGCAACAACUUGGUCAAGUUUCCCACAAUGCUGUCUAGAUGUGGUGAAUGUUUUUCCUGUUUUGUUCACACAAAUUCUGCUCUUUUUAGCAAAUGAUCCAAGUUUCCGGAUCAUCCAUUUUGUCUUUUUGGCUGAUGUGAAAAGCCUGUGGUGCAUUGCGUAAAAUCCAUCAGCCCCGACAGUAUGAUGAUCCCAGUGUUAUUUUGUAGUAAAUGUUCAAUAAAUCUAAUGUGUGACAUUUAUUUAG